AUGCAGCAAGUCUGCGAGGAAAAUUCUUAUUGCCCGACCUUAUUUCUUCCAUGGAGAGCACGACAGGUUUUGCAUCACAAGCCAGACACCCUGAGAGCCCCCCUCACUACAGCAGGGACCCCAGCCCGGGGAUCUCACGGCCGCCGUGGGGGCUGGAGGGUUUCUGUUCCCAGAUUUGACAAGAUUCCAUGGUUUAGUGAAGCCAGCCUCAUAAACAAGCCAUUAGUGCUCAGCCUCCCGAAAAGAUAUCCUCAUUCGUCUGCCACUUUUCUGGUUUCAUCCAAGAAGGAUAUGAAAUUGCCAAUUUUGUUCCAAGCUCCAAAUGUCUUAUCUAAGGCCGGGGGGAACCAGAGAGACCCCACGCUGAUCAGAAACAAGCAGCUGUGCUCCACGUGUCGAGAAAUGAAAAUGGUGCAACCAAGAACUAUGAUAAUCCCAGAUGAUCUGAAACUAUCCUUUAGCAACUAUCCAUAGCAAAUACUAUGAGUCAUAGUCAGAAUGAUGAGUCUUCAUCCACCAAAAGCCCAGACUGUACCCAAACGUCCUCGUGAUGACAUCCCAACAGAGAGCGUUCGCUACAGACUGCCCAUUGUGGGCCCCAGAACAGCUGUCUUCCGUGGACUGCUGUCAGGUGCCUACAAAACUCUGCAGGAGAUGCAACUCUCUUCCUUGCCCAGAAAGGAACCAGUGGGCAAGACAAUGAGGCAGUGA